AUGGCAGACUUCAGCACACCUCAUAAUGCGCGAACGCCCUCGCACCAGCAGCCGAAGCAAAUGUCUUCACGACUGCUGAACAUGAAGUUCAUGCAAAGAGCUGCUGCUGCCACGACGCCGAGGAGCGCAACAUCCACUCCAACGUCGUCGACAACCCAUCAGACGCCAGCGACCGAACCACUUGCAAAACGACGCAGGAUAGAUAGUACAACUUCCUCCCCGUCGGCCACCUCUACUCCUGGAACACCGUCAAAUGGUCUUGCUUAUGCCGGAUCGUCAACGCCAACAAAUGCAUCGCAAAAUUCAGGGUUGGGCAUUGCUCCAAGAGGGGGAACAAGCACAUUCACCCGCUUCGAAGGCGCAGAUACCGAGUGGGUGCUGGACCUGAAAAUGAGAUUUUCUGGAGACAAACAACCGUCCUAUACGGACGCGAAUGGCAAUGAUGAAAGAGUCGAUCCGGCAAGAUCGCGCUUUGGUCUGUUAAGUAGCCGGAAUGAAGAUGAAGAGGAAGAGGAAGAGGAAGACAUCUGGAACAACAACCAACCCAGCGGCCGGCAGACAUUUGGCUCGUUUGACGGCAAGAGGCGCAAAUCAAGGUCCAGCACCCGACAAGGUCAGGGUCAAGACCAUGACGAAAACGACCCAGACCUGAGCUCGGCUUCAGACUCAGACUCGGCCCCAGAUUCGGAUUCAGAUUCAGACUCAGACUUAGAGCGUGACAACAUCCCCAAUUCAUCCAACAGAUCCACACCGCGCCAAACUAACAGAGGCACCCCCGCAAAACCCACGACCGCGACGGCAGAAAUCGACUCGGACGAGGAAAUGGACCGGGUCCGAAUGGCAAUCGAGCAGAAACAUCGCAGUAUGAUGGGUAGUGGGGGCCACGGGGCGAGGAAUACACUCGGGACCCCUAAGGCAGGGAAUAAACGGAAGAGGGAAGGGAAUGGGAAGAAGAACAAGAACAAGAACAAGAAGGCGAGGAAGACCAUGUGA